GUCUUACGAGAUUUAAUCAAUGAAUUUGCGAAAAUGCGAAUAUGAUUGCAUUGUUGUGAUGUCGGUAUCCGAGUGAGUGAUGAUUUAAUUUUGGAAAUCCUAUUUAGAACGGGGACAAGAGCGAAGAUGUCUCACGGGAAGGUCGUGCUGAUGGCAUGCGGCAGUUUCAGCCCUCCAACCUAUAUGCAUUUAAGAAUGUUCGAAAUAGCCAAAGAUUACCUCCAAUCUCUGGGUCUGGCGACUGUGGUUGGCGGCAUCAUGUCACCGGUACACGACGCAUACGGCAAGAAAGACUUGGUAGCUGCCCACCAUAGGAUCGCAAUGUUGAAACUGGCGCUGCGCUCGUCGUCAUGGGUCAAGGUGUCCGAGUGGGAGACCCAGCAGAGUGGAUGGACCCGAACCAGAGUUUCCUUGCAGUAUCACCAGGACACCAUCAACGCACACGCAUCCUUGUCGAGUUUGAACGUGACAGAUCCGCCAUCUUGGCUUCCCGAUGACGUCAUCAACGUAAACGACAUAACCAACAGUAUAGACGAACCCGACAACCUAAUGGAACGCCUCAACGGGAAUAGGAAUGAACAAGUGACUGUGAAAUUGUUGUGUGGAGCGGAUUUGUUGGAAUCUUUCGCUACGCCCGGCCUGUGGGCCGAUGAGGAUCUGGAGACGAUCGUGGGUCGGCACGGGCUGGUGGUGGUGUCGCGCGCGGGCUGCGACCCCGGCAAGUUCGUGUACGACUCCGACAUGCUCUACAAGUAUAGGAAUAACGUGACCCUAGUAACGAAUUACAUCGCGAACGAGGUCAGUUCGACCGUCAUCCGCCGCCUGGUUCGGAGAUGUGAGAGUGCAAAGUAUCUGACAGAUGACGCCAUCUUGGCUUACAUACGUCAACACAAGUUGUAUGGAGCGACGACUUUGCACACUGAGUAUAACCUCCUUAACGACCUCAUUUCCACAUACGACAAAAAAUCACCACAAGACGUCAUAAUGGCCUCUCCGGAGGAAACCAGCUUCAAAAACAUACUCAUAUCUAUUAGAGAUAAACCUUCGAUCGUCGACGAGACGAUAACAGUUAAACGCGCAAGGAAAUCAAACUUCCUUAUGCCAAACAACCACACAGAUUCAGUCAGCCCUAUUGAUAUGAUCAAACCCAAAAUGGCGUACGUCGAUAAAGUCCCGCCAUCUUAUGUGCCAGGGAAAGCUGUCAAAAUCGUAAGCGACGUAAAUGAACACAAAAUCAAGGAAGACAAGGUAAGUUUUGCUGAAACCACAUAUUCGUCACUUGAUAGCUAUUUGACUAAAGACGAUGGAGAUUGGGACAUUUAUAGGCGAAGAGUCAGCGAGAGCAAUGUGGAACAGAGUUUAAACGUCGAUAAUACUAUUAAGAAACGUUGCUCUUCGACUAUAAGGAAGUUGCGACCGGAGGAUAUGAAGAAAAGUAAGUCGGAAGUUAGCAAAUUGUGCGAUAAAGUGAAAAGUAUUAAGUUGAAAGAUAAAGAUUCGAGGAAUUAUAAGACGAGGAGUUGUAAUGACAUUGUACGAUUGAUUUUGACAAAGCACGGCAUUCAUGUUAUCAGUGACACCGAAGCUAUAGUUUGAAUUGCUUGAUUUAAUAAUUUUAUAAAAUCCUAUAAGAUUAGACAGUUCUAAAAUUGCUUUUCAGAAAUGCCAUAAAUUGAAUACGAUGUGUGCAAAAUAUUUUACAUCAAAUCGACUGGUUCUAUAUAAUAUCGUUGUAUCGAUAUGAGAAUCGAUGUUUGAUGCAUUUAGUCGAAUUCGGUUAUAACAAAAACUGUUUUACUUAUUAGCCAAAUCAAUAUACAUAGUUUCGAAAGUAGACUUUCGAAACUAUGUAACAUUGGCGAUGUAAGAUAAAUAUUUGUAGGGAAAAAUCGAGUAUUAAAUUAGAUUCAAUCAGUAUUAACAGAAGCUUGUAGGUAUUGUCCUUAUGAAUUAUACGAUCUAUAAUAUACGAACUGACUGUAUAGAUACAACAGUGGUAUGAAUUAUUGAUAAUAUAUGCAGAUAUUAAGCUAAGCCAAAUUUUAUGUAAUACUAAACGAAUAUUGAAACUUUAUAAAAGUUUUUAUUUCUAUUUUUUUUUUACAACUUUUUAGUCAAGCUCCAAAAAUGCCGAAUUUAUUUAAAAUGUGUCAAUUUAUUUAUAUUUAUAUAAUAAAAAAAUACUAUUUAGUGUGAUCAUAAACUUAAUUGAUUACCUAAUAAUAAAUCAUAAUAUUAGAGACUUGUACAUGGUGGCCAAUAAACUGACGUUAAUUUAAAAAAAAAAAAGUGUAUGUUAAUAUUUAAUUGUUCUGUGAACUUUUUGAUUAAGGAUAAUAAAUUAUGACGGACGUCAUUUAUCUGGUCAGUCUGUUUAUAUGUAUGUAAUUAACAAAACGCUACGUGAAUACCUGAAAAACAUAUACAUAGUUAAUAGUAGAAUAUUAAAAUAUUAAAUGUUUUGUUAGCUGUUACAACCAAGUAAAAUAAUUCUACCAUUAGAUCGGUGUAUGUGGUUUUGACAAACGUCAAAUUUGACAACUUGUUAGCCAAUGGUAAAAUAGGAAAUCAAUUGGCUUUAUCCCGAUUGGCUGAACGUUCGAAUUUGACGUCUUAUCAAUUAGUGGAGUUCCAUUAAACUAUUUAUAAAUAAGAUUGAUUCAAAAAAAGAACAUAAAUUAAAUAUCACAAUGCUUCCUUUGAAUGGAAACUUUUGAAAUUAACUAGGGUUGUCUAAAACAUAUUGGAUUUGGUAUUAAUAAGUUUAUAAUCGUAAAUUGUAACAUAUAUAAUACCUAUAAGCUAGAACAAUUGAUGUUAAAAAGUACAAUAUACUUCCUGUAGGUAAUGAGUCUGAAACAGUUCUCAAACAAUUACUUCAUCUACGAACGAUUCGCCGACAGAAUAGAGCAGACAUUCUGUCGGCGAAUCGUUCGUAGACGAAGGGUUCUGUCGUUCAAACGCCCGAUGUCGAAACAUUGUGUCGACGAAACGUUCGUAGACGGAGCAAUAGUCGGAGAACCGUUUCAGACACGUAAGUAAUUUGUCUUAAUCAAGUGUCAGGUUUAUAGAAAAAAAUGUGUUUAAAAAGUAAGAUUUGAAAAACAUUAAGUAUAAAUAAUAAUAUACUAAAAUAAUGACAGUAGGUAGACGACGAAAUACCUACGAAGAGAGAAAUAUAUGGAAAUAUAUAUCGUUAUUAGGUAAUAUAUGUAUAUAAUGGUAUUAUAUUAUGCUCCCUACUUAACCCUCUGUGAUAGAUUUCGAUCCUUUUAUCAAAGUUUUUGAUAGCUGUUUGAUUUUUUUUUAUCUCUCUACGCACUAAAUGUGUGAGUAAAAGAAAAAUAUACUCAUGUUAUUAUUAUUAUUAUUAUAUUUAUAUUAAAAUUAACGCCAUUUUGAAAAUAUAUUUGCAUGUAGAGAUAUUUAAAUUUUUAAUUUGCCAGGCUAUUUUAUUGGGCAAAAGUGAAGCGAAUAAAGAUAUUUUAUUAUCGUUAAUUUGAGCACUUUAAUCGAAUCAACUUUAUUAAUCACGUGAUUUGGUUUAUUUUUUGCUAUUUAAACUUUUUGAGUGAAUGAAAUAGUGACGUCGUUUUGACAUAACUGUUUUACAUAAAGUUCAUAUAAAAUAGCCAAUUGUAAUCGUUAUAUUCGUUUUAGUUAGCGCAUGACCUGGCUUCUAUUUAGUUUUCUUACUGAAUUCAUUUUUAAGAUAAACUAAUGGAAAAAAAUUGAAUUAAAAAAACAUGUUGUCACAAAUAAUAUCUGAAAAUGAAUUUAGUUAUAAUCCUCGAAUGUUUAUCCAUAGCCAUGUGAAUUGAACUUUGGUUCCUGAAUAGCAUAGCAUUGAAGUUUUUUUUUUUUUCAUAUACCGUCGUCUUUUUUUGUAAAAUAUUUCGGAAAAAUAUUUGAGGCAUAUUAAGUUUGUCUCUGCCAAAAUAUUUAGUUUUUUUAUCAUAUAAUAAUUUGAUAAUAAUUUCGAUUUUUGACAAGAGAGUCACUGCUAAAAAGAAAUGUCGAAAGAAAUUCAUUUAAAGAGUGUUGGUCCAUAUCACGCCAGAAGGGCUUACCAUUACUGUUUUUAUUGUAAUUUUGCAAGCGGGCUUGAGUCCCAGUAAUGCCGGCUACACACUAUCGCCUGUUUGCCGAUAGCGUAUAACCGGCAUAAAAUGUAGGCAUGAACUCCCCCCCCACCCCUCACCCCUAUAUUCCUAUAUGGAAUAAUACUAAUGCACGAUACAGAUGGCGACACCAGCACAUGUAGUAUACAAACCAUUUUUAAACUCUUGUUACGUGUCAAAAUACUCUGUUUGCUACAUAGACAGAGAAAACUCUUUCGUUUCUCAUAUUUAAGAGAAUCAAUGUAUGACAUAGACCGAGAAGUUAUAAAGAAAUGUUCUACCUUAUUUAGCUGCUUGUCUUUGGUUUACUCCUUUUGAUGGUGCUGCAAUCUGCUGUCGUAGUAAUAUUCCAUAUUGAUGUCGUGUCUGUGAUUUUUAUUUCCAUUUAUUUUCAUUCCAU